AUGAAUUCAUCUAAUGAACAGAUUAUCUUUGAAGACAACUUCGACGGUCAACUCGAUGAAGGCUGGUCGUGGCUGCGGGAAGAUUCGGACGAUUGGCGUUUCCGGGACGGCGGACUGGAGAUUCGUGUCCAACCCGGCGUGGCGGAUACGGUCAGGAAUGCGCUGUUGAGAACCGCACCAGACCGUAAUGAUGGCACUUAUGCCAUCGAAGUAACUAUCACCAACCAUACCCUUCCCAUCCAACAGUACGAGCAGGCAGGGAUUACGUGGUAUAACAACGGCAAGCCGGUCUUUAAGGAGGUUAAGGAACUUAUUGACGGUGAUCUCUACAUCAUCCCCGGUAGAGCAGCGAUGGCAGCGAAGACUGUCCGGCUGCGCCUAUUGGUUACCGCUGAUUCGUGGGAAGCGCAGUAUUGCCCCUCAGGCGACACAGAAUUCCAAACGGCGGCGACGGGAGAACUGCCUCCACCGGGCGAGGAUCAAGUGAGCAUCCAGUGCUACAACGGUCCGCCGGAGGCAGAACAUUGGAUUCGCUUCGAGAAUUUUUGUAUUAAACUGCUAAAUUCCGAUUAG